AUGGUCACAGUCAAGUCCCUCUGUGAGCUGUACACUCAGCUGAGGAGUUUCCUAGAGAAUUCCCAGCCCUACUCUCUCUACACAGUGUGGCAUUAUCGGAAGCGCUCUGCGUCACGUGGACGCUCUGGGAGCCGUUCUAGAAGUCGUUCUCCAUCUGACAAAAGAGCAAAACGUGGAGAAGACAGACGCUCUAGAAGCAGGGAUCGAGAACGUAGACGUGAGAGGUCACGCAGUAGGGACAAGAGACGGUCUCGAUCGCGAGACAGAAAGCGUCAAAGACGUUCAAGAAGUAGAGAAAGGGAACGGAGCCGAGAGAGAAGAAGAUCCCGGAGCCGAGAGAGGAGGCGCUCUAGAAGCAGAAGCAGAGGUAGACGGUCUCGAUCCUCCAGUCCAAGCAAGAACAGGAAAACAGAAAACAGGUCAAGAUCUAAAGAAAAGACAGACGGUGUGGAAGUUUCCAAAGAAAAGAAAAAAGACAAAGACGACAAAGAAGAAGAGAAGGAUAAAGAUGCUACCACAAAUACCGUGGCCACUGAGAAUUUUGAUCAGAACAAACUAGAAGAAGAAAUGAGAAAACGAAAAGAAAGAGUGGAGAAAUGGAGAGAAGAACAACGCAAGAAGGCUAUGGAAAACAUAGGAGAACUGAAAAAGGAAAUUGAAGAGAUGAAGCAGGGGAAAAAAUGGAGUUUAGAAGAUGAUGAUGAUGAUGAAGAGGAAACUGCAGAAGGAGAAAAAGAAGGCAAUGAGGUUGAAGAUGAAGAGUUAGAUCCUUUGGAUGCUUAUAUGGAAGAAGUAAAAGAAGAGGUCAAGAAGUUCAAUAUGAGAAGCGUGAAAGGUGGAGGUGGGAGUGAAAAGAAAACCGGACCAACUGUUACCAAAGUAGUAACUGUGGUGACAACCAAAAAGGCAGCUGCAGAGUCAGAAAAGAAGAAAGGGGAGCUCAUGGAGAAUGACCAAGAUGCAAUGGAGUAUUCCUCAGAAGAGGAGGAAGUUGAUCUUCAGACUGCCCUGACUGGCUACCAGACCAAGCAGAGAAAGCUGCUAGAACCAGUGGAUCAUGGAAAGAUCGAAUAUGAACCUUUCAGGAAAAACUUCUAUGUUGAAGUACCAGAACUAGCUAAAAUGACUCAAGAGGAGGUGAAUGUGUACAGGCUGGAGUUGGAGGGAAUUACAGUCAAGGGAAAAGGCUGCCCCAAACCAAUAAAAACCUGGGUACAGUGUGGUAUUUCCAUGAAGAUUCUCACUGCCCUCAAGAAACAUGGCUAUGAAAAGCCCACUCCCAUUCAAACCCAGGCGAUCCCAGCAAUUAUGAAUGGGCGUGACUUGAUUGGCAUUGCUAAAACAGGAAGUGGAAAAACUAUUGCAUUUCUCUUGCCCAUGUUCAGACACAUUAUGGAUCAGAGAGCAUUAGAAGAAGGAGAAGGUCCUAUAGCUGUCAUUAUGACACCUACUCGCGAGUUGGCUUUGCAGAUUACCAAGGAGUGUAAGAAGUUCUCAAAGACACUUGGGCUUCGAGUUGUCUGUGUUUACGGGGGAACAGGAAUCAGUGAACAGAUAGCUGAACUCAAAAGAGGUGCUGAAAUUAUUGUUUGCACACCUGGACGUAUGAUUGACAUGUUAGCAGCUAACAAUGGUCGGGUGACAAAUCUCCGUAGAGUCACAUAUGUUGUACUUGAUGAAGCAGACAGAAUGUUUGACAUGGGGUUUGAGCCUCAGGUUAUGCGCAUUGUAGACAACGUCAGGCCUGACCGUCAGACUGUCAUGUUCUCUGCUACUUUCCCCAGAGCUAUGGAGGCGUUAGCUCGCAGAAUCCUAAGUAAACCUAUAGAAGUGCAGGUCGGAGGCAGAAGUGUUGUCUGCUCUGAUGUGGAGCAACAUGUUAUUGUUAUAGAAGAGGAGAACAAGUUUUUGAAGUUACUGGAGCUACUGGGACACUAUCAGGAGAAAGGAUCAGUUAUCAUAUUUGUAGAUAAACAAGAACAUGCAGACGGGUUGCUGAAAGAUUUAAUGAGAGCCUCUUACCCUUGCUUGUCUCUCCAUGGAGGUAUUGAUCAGUAUGACAGGGACAGCAUAAUUAAUGAUUUCAAGAAUGGAAUUUGCAAACUUCUGGUGGCCACAUCUGUAGCAGCAAGGGGCCUGGAUGUAAAACAAUUGAUGUUGGUGGUCAAUUACAGCUGUCCCAACCAUUAUGAAGAUUAUGUGCACCGAGCAGGGCGAACUGGGCGAGCUGGCAAUAAAGGGUAUGCGUAUACAUUCAUUACUGAGGAUCAGGCACGGUAUGCUGGUGAUAUCAUUAAGGCUUUGGAAUUGUCUGGGAAUCCAAUUCCUACUGAUUUGGAGAAGCUCUGGGCUGACUUCAAAGACCAACAGAAAGCUGAGGGAAAGUUGAUUAAAAAAAGCAGUGGAUUCUCUGGAAAAGGUUUUAAGUUUGAUGAAACAGAACAGGCUUUGGCUAAUGAAAGAAAGAAGCUACAAAAAGCAGCUCUUGGCUUGCAAGAUUCAGAUGAUGAAGAUACAGCUGUUGAUAUCGAUGAACAAAUUGAAAGCAUGUUCAAUUCCAAGAAAAGAGUAAAAGACAUGGCAGCACCAGGAACAUCAAAUGCUCCUACACCAUCAGCUGGGAAUGCAGAAAAAUUGGAAAUUGCUAAAAGACUGGCUUUGAGAAUCAAUGCCCAGAAGAAUCUUGGUGCAGAGGCACAAGUAUUGGUCCCCUUCCAUUUUAAGGAUGUGAUGCAGCAGGCUACAAAUGCUAUCCUGAGAGGAGGCACAAUUCAAGCUCCUACUGUAUCUGCCAAGACCAUUGCAGAGCAACUGGCUGAAAAAAUCAAUGCUAAGCUCAAUUAUGUACCCAUAGAAAAGCAGGAGGAAGAGAAACAGGAUGGAGGACAAAAUGAAUCCUUUAAGAGAUAUGAAGAAGAAUUAGAGAUCAAUGACUUCCCACAGACUGCCAGAUGGAAAGUUACCUCCAAAGAAGCACUACAGAGAAUCAGUGAAUAUUCUGAAGCUGCUAUUACAAUCAGAGGAACUUACUUCCCUCCAGGCAAAGAACCCAAGGAAGGAGAACGAAAGAUUUAUUUGGCUAUAGAAAGUGCCAAUGAACUGGCUGUACAGAAAGCAAAGGCAGAAAUCACACGACUUAUAAAAGAGGAGCUCAUCAGAUUGCAAAAUUCUUACCAACCAACCAACAAAGGAAGAUACAAAGUUCUAUGAAUAUUUGGAAUUAUCUGUCUGCCAGUGGCUGUAGCUGCAGGACUUUCGAGAUGAUGACUUUCAAAAGGACUUUUGUAGAAAGCUUUUCUUACCCGACACAUUGAGAAGAAAUGUGUCAUUUUAAACCAGCUGUGUAUGUACUGCUUUAACCCUGGUGAAGACAAAUUGUACAAUCUGCAUCAUGGCUGUAUAAAUUCACAACUUCUAUUUCCCAGCUUCAGGUAAUUUAAAUGACUGUUUCUGUGUUGCAUACAACUCUCUGUUACUCUAACGUCAGUGUACCUUAUUUGCAAUACAGGAAAGGAAAGGAGUGAUUAUCCCAACUGAACCGUAUACGUUCAGGAUAAGAAUAGCCAAUACUUGCCAAUAUUAAUACACCGAGUAGAACAAAAAUAAGAAGCACACACAAUAACCCUUCUCAAAAAUUAACCCCACAAAUCUCACACUAAACAUUCCCUUUAAAUACAUCAGGUUUCCUUCCGUUAAGAACUGGGUUUUGAUAUGUUUUAUACAACUUGUUUGUUGAAUUGUCUAACUUUUUGACAGUGUCCCCCCCUGAAGAGAGACAGAUUUUGGUGUAUUUAAUGAAGAGCACUUUCAAGUUGGACAGCCUGACACUUCUUUAAAAAUCCUGUUUCAAAAUGUUCAUAUAUAUAUUGGUAUCUCCUAAAAAAGGCAUGAUGGAGACAUUUCUGUGAUUUCCAGCUUUGCACUGUUGGAUUUCAGAGAUGCAACAAUGUAUAAUCUUUACCUUCCUGGGGUUUUUAAAUGCAAUGUCAAUAUUCCUAUGUUUUUUUAAAUUCCA